GUGCACCUGCAGCAGACUUUCCACCCGGAAAAUAAAAAUUAAAUUGAAGCUUCCAGCAAUGGGUGCCUCUGAAUCUGCCCUCUCAGGUUCGUCGCCGAGUCCGGCCGAUCAAAUCACCACCAUUUCCCAGCGAUCAGAAACGGUCGAUCCCAUUUUAGAGAAGCUUAAAUCCCUCAAAAUUACGUCUCCUAUACUGACGACGCCACCGACGGAGGGUAGCUUAACGGACAUUUUAGUGAGAAAACCGUCGUCGUCUUCAGCUCAAGCUACUGUGAAUCCAAAGGUGUUGCUGGAGCUGUUCUCGAUGUAUCGUGACUGGCAGGAGGAGAAGGUUCAGAAGAUUAGCAAGAAACAGGAAGAGAUAGAAAACAAAAUAGAAGUUGCAGAUGCCUUGGCAGUUAAACUUUUUCAACGUUUUAAUUACUCAGUAUCAGCAAUGAAGACAACUUCACAACAUUUAUCAGAAGUCCACACAUUGCAAGUGGAGCUUGGGGAGCUUAAAGGAAGGUUAACUGAGGUCAUCAGCAAUUGUGACGCACUGUGCAAGAGAAUUGCUGCUGAGGGGCCAGAACCUCUUCGAUCAUCUAUCAAGCCAUUUGCAGUUGCCACUGCCAACUCAACAGUAAAUCGUAGCUUAACUGCAGAGCAAAGGGUUACAGAUCAAAGUUCAACAUCUGCAGAAGCCAAACUAGACUGACUCUUCUUGUCUCAUCUGUACAUAAUUGACAUAUUCUUUGACCUUAAUUCUUCAUUGAGAUUGAUGUUUAUUUUGUGCCUUAUACAAACAGUGUACUAACAUUUGGAGUGAGCAAAGUUUUGAAUACAGAUUAGAGAGGAAUUUUUUGGAUUAAAUGUGAAGGCAGUUGUUGUGAGUUUUGUUUCUUUA